GUGUGUUUUGAACUAUGGAAAGUGUGGUGUGAUCCCGAAUCCCAUCAGAGCAAAGCGAAAUGUUGGGAGCUGAGUCUCAACAAGGAGCGGCAGCGGAUGCAUUCACCAAAGCAUUCCUAAGGAAUUGCCUUCCCCAAAUGAAGGAUGAAGACAUUGAGGAAAUGAUGGUGCACAAGGCAGUGGUACUGGAAUAUAAAAGACCAAAGAAGAAAGGAAAGACAAGAAAGGCCAAGGGACUGAAUGCCAAAGAAAGAAGACAGCUGAAAAUAUUCCAGCUCAAACCUGCACAUCAAAAAUAUGUACUCUUCUUGCCUCUGCAUGAGCUAUGGAAACAGUACAUUGUGGAUCUGUGUAAUGGAUUGAAACCAGGAAGCAACCCACAGAUGAUCCAGCAGAAGCUCUUGAAAGCUGAUUUCCAUGGUGCUGUCUUAACAGUUGUCAGAUCAAAAUGCCCCUCGUAUGUUGGUCUAACUGGCAUCCUGGUACAGCAACUGAAGCACGUCUUCAAAAUCACUACAAAAGAAGACAAACUGAAAGUUAUCCCAAAGAGGAAUAGUGUGUUCAGUGUGGAGCUUGGUGAUUUCGUAACACACAUCUAUGGCAGCAAGUUUGAACUGCGCUCCAGUGAGCGGUCAGCAAAGAAAUUCAAAGUAAAAGGAACUAUUGACUUGUAAUGGGACGUUUUAAACAUCAUGUCAACUUUAACUGUGGACUCAUACUGGAGAAUUAAGAGAAGACAUUUAAUCAUUAUGAAUUUUUUUAGCUUCCUCUUAUUGUUAUGACUCUUUUUUUUUUAAUGCUUUGAGCAGGUAUGAAACUAUAUGGGCCAUUUAGGAAAAGUAGUUGCUUUUGAUUGUCCACCAGGGGGAGCCUUUUUGGAGGAGAAGGGAGUAAGAAUGAAUUUUGACCUCUUCUUUCUUUUUUUUUUCUUUUUUUUUUUAAUCAUACCUGUCAUUUCAUUUUUAUACAAGGUUCCCACAAACUGUUUAUUAAUGACCUUAUUAUAUCGUCAGGGGUAGGCAGCACUCUAAAUGCUACAAAAGUGCUUCUUCCUUAAAAACACCUUCAAAACUCUUUUGUUAAUGUUCGAUGUGAUAGUAGAUCCACUGUAAGAAUGUUUAUAUUGUACAAUUAUUUCCUCAUAGUGCGAGGUAUUUAACUAGGUUAUAUAAUGUUUAUUUUCAUACAACUUUAAGUGAAGUACUGUUAGUAGCAGUUUUUUUUUUUAAGAAUCCAGUGUUCUUGAACUAGCACCACGUCAGAUUUCAAUUAAAAGCAUUUCAAGUAAAAAUGGAAUAAGUUAUGUGGUUUUGUUUCACUGAAGUAUAUGUUGUAAUAUUUGCCGACUUGCAAAACAAGGAACUUUUUUUCCACACUGAAAUUGGGCCUGAUACUUAGUCAAGGUUUUUCCUUGUUAGUUGACUUGUAAAUAACUCUUCUAGUAAAAAAAAAUCCCUCCUUCCUAUACAAGACACAGAACAGGUUUUCUAAUUAAAUACGUAAGCGUUUGUUUAAUGAUUAUAUUUAUUGCUUAGUGUUUUUUUUUCCUGAGAGCACAUAGUACAGAUUUUGAGUAAAGACUGUGUUUGAGUUAAAGGAGACUAUGACUGCUUGUUAUGUACUGAAAUAAGACAACUAUGGAUGUCAUCAUUCUUGAAAAUUCACAUGAAGUCCAUUCAUCAUUCUGGUGUGCAAUGUCUUUUAUGAGAAAAGAGGUCCUUACAUUAAAUGU